GGGGGGAGCCGAGUAAACCGGAGCGCGUUGGUUAAAAUAGUGCUCUGCGUUUUGUGCGCUCGCUACAAUCAGAAACGUUUCAAAAGAGUUUGCAAUAUUUCUCCCGAGGACAGAAAUGACACGACUGAAGAUAUUAAGUGUCAUCGGGGCGCUGCUGAUAGCCCACAGCGCCGCCAUAAUCAGAGUGCCGCUUCACAGAACCAGAAGCCUGCGCCGCCUGAUGAGCGACAAUGGGAUGUCGGUGGAGGAGCUGCGGGCUUUAGCGAGGAGCCCCGGGGCGCCGGACAGCGCCCCGUCCGCCGAGGUGCCCGUGGAAAGGCUGACUAACUUCAUGGAUGCCCAGUACUAUGGGAGCAUCAGCAUCGGCACCCCUCCGCAGGACUUCACGGUGCUGUUUGACACCGGCUCCUCCAACCUCUGGGUGCCCUCCAUCCACUGCUCCUUCUUUGAUGUGGCCUGCUGGCUCCAUCGUCGCUACAACUCGAAGAAGUCGAGCACAUUCGUGAAGAACGGCACAGCGUUCUCCAUCCGGUACGGCCGGGGCAGCUUGUCUGGCUUCAUCAGCGGAGACACUGUCUCCGUUGCAGGACUUCCUGUUGCUGGCCAGCAGUUUGGGGAAGCGGUGAAGCAGCCCGGCAUCACGUUUGCAGUGGGCCGGUUCGAUGGGGUCUUGGGCAUGGCCUACCCCUCCAUAUCAGUAAUGAACGUCACCCCGGUGUUUGACACGGCCAUGGCUGCCAAGCUGCUGCCCCAGAACAUUUUCUCUUUCUACAUAAGCAGAGACCCGACAGCAGCAGUAGGAGGAGAGCUGGUGCUGGGUGGGACCAACCCUCAGUACUACACCGGAGACCUGCACUACGUCAAUGUCACACGAAAGGCCUACUGGCAGAUCAAGAUGAGCGGAGUUGACGUCGGCAACCAUCUGACUCUCUGCAAAGCUGGUUGCCAGGCGAUUGUCGACACGGGAACUUCCUUAAUUGUCGGGCCCGUGGAGGAAGUCCGGGCGCUGCACAAAGCCAUCGGAGCGCUGCCCCUGCUGAUGGGAGAGUACUGGAUCGACUGCAAGAGGAUCCCAUCGCUCCCAGCCGUCUCGUUCAGCAUUGGAGGGAAGAUGUUUAACCUGACCGGAGAAGAUUAUAUCAUGAAGGGGUCUCAGAAGGGUGUAUCAAUCUGCCUGUCGGGCUUCAUGGCCAUGGAUAUCCCGCCUCCAGCCGGGCCCCUGUGGAUCCUGGGUGAUGUAUUCAUCGGGAAGUACUACACCGUGUUCGACAGGGCUGCCGACCGCGUGGGGUUCGCCCCGGCCAAGUAGUUGACUGGACGCCGUGUGUAUUCCAAGCAAAAGUUAAAUUUCAUCGUAAGUUGUUGUGUUAUUUUCUUUUGCAGCAAUAAAAAAAGCAUAGAGUGGCUGCUGUUGUAUAUCACCGCAGGACCUGGCUCGCCGCGUAAAUCUCUCACAUCUGCUUGGAAUAAUGAGGUUUCCAUGACAAUAUGGCUGCUGAUGAGCAAGUAUGGAUUAUGCAUUAAUGAGCAAGUAUGGAUUAUGCAUUAAUGUCCAUCAACACAUUUAGUAGGCUGGAUGUUUGGUCCCACUGAACAAAGGGACGGCUUAACUCUAUUGCACUUUUCGGUUAGAGCUUCAUCUUCCGAUAUGGCAGGAUUUAAUCAUACCUAUGCAUUUUGAGAUCUUGUGCCGUUUACUUUUUGUAAUAUAGAUGCUUGGGCGGAACAAAUGCAACGUGAGCUUUGAGUUGGAAUGUAGUUUCAUUCCCAGUUGCCAAUGUCUAACGAUGGAUGUUAUAACUGGGGCUGCUUGUGUUUACUGAUGGUAUCUCACCUAUGUGGAUUUUAUACCAAAUCCGACUGAAUAAAAGUUAUGUCAAAUUUUUUAUGGA